UCGGAGACAGGUAGCCGUGCGAAGAAGAUUGUGACGUAAAGGCAACGCGCCAUUGAAGGCGGGGGCGGGAAGCAACUGUCCGCGAACGGACGAAACCUAAAUCUGCUGGCGAGGAAGAAGAAGACGCGCAAACCUACCCACCAACCCGACAGGACAGCCUUGCUUAUGUUGCAGACAACCACUAGCCUCCAGAUAGGAACGUAGUCGAUCCGGUGGGCCCUACCCCCGGUCUCCCACCGAUCAAUCCACCAGAUGGCCGCGGAGACGACCGCCCCGCCGCCGUCUCCUCCUCCUCCGGCGCCGGCUCCCGAGCCUCAUCAGAGAUUGUCGGGAUUCGAGCAGAUGGACGCGCGCGUCAAGGAGCUGACCUCGUCGCAGGCGGAGUUGCUGGAGAGGAUCCAGAAGCUGAAACAGGAUGUGCAGAACUGGCGCUCCGGUAUUGAGACACAGGUCAAGACAUGCCAGAAUGAGCUCCAGGGGCUGAAGAAGGGACUCAACUCUGAAAUGGAGCAGCUGAAAUCGGAAAUCAAGGAAAUUAGGUCUGCAAUCCAGGAAGAAAAGAGUGGUCCACCAAGUCAUUUCACGAAUUCAGUGACGAGCAAUAACGACACAAAGCAAGCCCUGCAGACCCAAGACAAAGUACUGAAGAUUGAUCAAGAUGCUAAUUUGGACGAAGAAACUGCAAUGCAAGUAUGAAAUUGUGCUUCCUUUUCGAAACAAAGCUUGUACCGAAAGAUCUUCAGCUUCGUUCAAUAGAUCACACAAAAAAAGCUGGUAAAGACACUAAAUCACAUGGAGUAUUCAUAUUUUCUUGCAUACUUGCAAGUUUCCAGUUGUACAUAUUUAUAUACCAGUGCCAGCAAAUUGAGGAGCAAUGUUUCAAAACUUGUCUGAGUGAAAUAUUACAUGUACAAGAAUUGCUUGUUUUGUAACAAUCCCAUACACUUCAUUUUUUUAAAUGAAGUCUGUAGAAAUAAAUUCUAGUUCUACA